UCAAAAAACAAUUUUCCUUUUUCUCCUUUUCUAAUCGAAAUGAAGGAUGACGACACUCUGCCGCCGCCGACGACAACGAUAGUGAAUGUGAAAAAGGAAAGCGCAGAUUCCUGCUUAUUUGGCAGAGGCCGUUACAAGUUCUGGGCAUUCGCCGCGAUUCUGUUACUGGCAUUCUGGUCGAUGUUCACCGGAACCGUUACCCUCCGUUGGUCCGCCGGUAAUCUCAACCGUCUUUCUGAUGAUAUAAGUAGCCCCAUUCACGACGAUCUAGAUGUCCUUGAAAUGGAGGAGAGGGAGAGAGUCGUGAAGCAUAUGUGGGAUGUGUACACUAACAGCCGUCGGAUUAGAUUGCCGAGAUUUUGGCAAGAGGCGUUUGAAGCUGCCUACGAGGAGUUAACCAGUGAUGUGCCUGGAGUUAGAGAGGCCGCAAUUUCUGAGAUCGCUAAGAUGUCCGUGCGCUACGUGGAUCUUGAUCCUCCUCCUGUCCAAUCAACGAGUGUAAGGGAACUGAGCAAGGGUCUAAAACGAUCACUGAAAGGUGGAUCCAGUGUAACUUCAAGCGGAAGUGGUCAAUGAUGUGAAGAAGGUUGCUGGAUCUGAGGAGU